AUGGCUAUGGGGAACCAAACAACUGUGACUUAUUUUAUCCUGUCUGGUGUUUCCAGUGACCCACAGCUCCAGCCUUUCCUUUUUGUGGUCUUUUUACUUAUAUACCUACUAACUGUGGCAGGAAAUGCAGCGAUCAUGGUGGUGACAAGAGCUGAUCCUCACCUUCACACCCCAAUGUAUUUUUUCCUAUUCCAUUUAUCCUUCCUUGACAUCUGCUAUUCUUCAGUCACUGUCCCAAAGAUGCUGCAGAAUUUCUUGGCAGAGAAAAAAAAUAUCUCUCUCCAUGGUUGCAUUGCCCAGAUGAGCUUAAUUCUUUUUGUGGGUGGCACAGAAGUUUUCAUGUUAUCAGCAAUGGCCUAUGAUCGAUAUGCUGCCAUCUGUGACCCACUGCAUUAUGUGGGGACAAUGAAUAAGCAAGUGUGCAUAAGAAUGGUGGGUGGCACAUGGCUGAUCGGUAUAUUGUAUUCAUUAACAAAUGCUGCUCCUGCAUUACAUUUACAUUUCUGUGGGCACAAUGAAUUACACAAUUUCAACUGUGAGCUCCCAUCUCUACUAGAAAUGUCCUGCACAGAGACUUUCACCAGUAAGAUGGCAUUUCUCACUUCAACUAUGAUUGUAAGUUUGAUCUCAUUCUCCAUCACCCUGGUCUCUUACAUCUGCAUCAUCUCCACCAUCCUGAAGAUACAGUCUGCUGAGGGUAGGGGUAAAGCCUUCUCCACCUGCAGCUCCCACCUCACUGUAGUUGUUCUGUAUUAUGGGGCAGGUUUGUUUAGAUAUCUGAGACCUAAUUCAGCCUCUUCAGUGGUUCUUGACAGGCUCUUCUCCAUCCAGUACAGUAUCUUAACACCCAUUUUAAAUCCUAUCAUCUACAGUCUGCGAAACAAGGAGGUAAAGGCAGCGCUAAGGAAUAUGCUGUGGAAAACAUAA